UUAUUCCUUAACUUUUUAAUUGCCCCAUAUUUUUUGGGUGCACGAUUUUGCCUUUUUAUCCAAUCUCUGCCUGCAAUUACCUGCAAGUCCCUCAAAAUAUCCCCUUUUCUGUUAAUCUGAGAUUUAAUUUUAAUUUUCCCAAUUGAAUUCCGUUGAUUUUGAUCUGAUACCACGAUUCUCGCCGCCAAUGAAAGUUCAUCCGUCGCCGAGGAAACUCAACAUCACGCUCCGCUACGACGUCGCUUCGCUCCUCGCUCAGGCCAACGCCUGCCGGCAGAAGAAGCUUCUGCGGCUGCCGCACAUCUUCGCCAAAGUCCUGGAGCUCCCCUUCCACUCCGACGCCGACGUCUCGGUCGACGAGACGCCGGCGUCGAUCCGAUUCACCGCCGCCACGGACGACAUCAGCGGCGACGUCAGGGCUGACGCCGUCGCGAUCUACCCCGGCGUCACGAAGAUCGUCAUAAGGGGAAACGGCGUCGUUGACCUUUCAGGGACCGAAUUCGAGCUCGAUCUGUGGCGGUUCCGCCUGCCGCCCUCCACGCGGCCAGAGCUCGUGUCCGCCGCCUACGAGAACGGCGACCUAGUGGUGACCGUACCGAAAGGGGCGGAGCACGGUGGGGAUUUGGGAAAUCGGGGUAGGCUUGUUCUUGUACAGUAACUUCAAAUUAUUAUAUCCUCUUUCUCUAACCUCCAAUUCUCAAUUUCGAAUAAUGCUUGGUUUGUGAUACACUACACAAUUUUAAUUCCACUUAUAAUCAAUUUGGGCGUGAUUAA